CGGGAUUAUUACUCGAUUAUUCAAGUAGCCACAGCAAUGGAGAAUGGUUAUUUUGGGUCGAGAGAUAAUAUGUGCCAUAAUCUUAACGUAGUAUCGGCAAUAAUAACAGUUUUAUUAACACUUACAGAAUGUUCUGGACAAGUUACAGAAACUGUGGAUGUACAGUGGACAACAUCAAUCCGACUCAACGAGUUCCGUGGCUACCAAACAGUCAGUCUAACAUCCUUCCAGGUGCCGCCGGCCACCAUUGAGACCAUCUGGGACAUCCAGUGCUCCUCCAUGCCGGGGCCCUGUCCAGUUCACACAGCACAAGUAUACUUCCAGCAUGGUAGCUAUCCACUUGUAAGUCCAUACAAUGCUUCUUACCCAGCCGACUUCUAUUUGCAUCGGUCUGACCUUCAUUUUGUUGAGGUCAGAACCAACAAUCUCUCUCACCCACAUCAUGUGAUCAGUCCCAAACCGGGGAGGUGGUUUGUCACAGCCUUCCUACCAAAGACAGAGGAAAAAAUCACACAAAAGGGAUUAAACGGAAAAACGUGUGGAUAUGGUAUGGGCAUUCGUUUUAUUAACCGUGUUCUGGGCAACAUUGAGGACGUGUCAAUGACUAAACACUCCAAAAUAUCUUUACGGGCACCGAGCUUGAUGACCAUAGUAAGGUUCCUUCCACCAGAGACAACAACAGGUUACACUCUCUACAUUAGUCAUUGUGUGGUAGACAAUGUUAGCGUCACUGUGUGUCCUCUCAAGGUCACCGUGUCCUCAGAACACAUCCCAAAUUCAGCCUCUGACCCCUCGGAGGACUGUCGGGACCAGAGCUCGGAUUGCCACAUUACUGUUGAGCGACUGGUGACCACCCAGUACAACUAUGUGCAGGUGGAGGUGCCAGAAAACGUCACGGCUUCACUGGUGGAGUUCUACGUCAAUUUUUCACUACUUCGGUGUCAGUUGAGAUACAGACUGGAGGACACAAUGAAACAACGAAGGGGAGUUCUUCACACCCCCGAUUCCAUCAAACAUUUGACCAGCGCAAAAAACAAUAACAUCACCGAUGAUAUGGACGGUGUGCUUCGGUUUAUAUCUGUGAAAUCGAAUGAAUCGGAGAGUCUCCUGAACUACUCCAUAGCCGCUGACAACAACCUAACCCGGUCUUUACGCGCCCACGAGGCUUGUCUAUUCCUGCCAUCACUUGGCACCCUUCGCUUGGCCUCCGAGGACUUUGCCACGCUAUUUGUGUUUCCUGAUGCCCUGCUGUACCCGCAGCCCAACAAUAGGUUAUUUAUCCCGGACAACAUUGUCUUGCUGACUCACUAUAACAUCUUCUCCACGAAGGACUCUGGGGCCACCCUCAAGGUCGAGCUACAGAUGGUGAAAGGUCAGACAGACCCCAGUCAGGAUGCUGUAGUGUGGGUGUGCAUGAUGAAGAACGUGAUUCCGGGGAAACACCUGAUUGAUGAGUGUGAUGGCGGGAUCAAGCUGACUGUCAACUCGUCCGUGCUCGGUCCAACAAUGACAGACAAACUGUAUGUGCCCUACCCUGAGGAGGGUCGCUGGUACUUCGGUCUUCACAGCAUAUGUUUUAACAAGAACAGAACGAUGACCCCAGAGGCUUGCAGACAGCUGCCGAUGGUUUCACUACUGGUGUUUACGUCCCGUUGUGUGGACGAGGAGUGUGGGACAUAUGGCCUAUGUCAGGAGUAUAUCAGUGACCUCCAUGUUUUCAGUGCCUGCUCAUGCUAUGCUGGUUACCGUGGCUAUGGCUGUACCGAUGGUACUGAGGCAGAGACAGACACGAUGCUGCUGGUGACAGCCCUCCUGCUAACCCUCAGUAAUCUCUUCUUCAUCCCCAGUAUCUUUGUAGCCAUCCAUCGACGCCUGUUUGUUGAAGCCCUCGUCUAUUUUUUCACCAUGUUCUUUUCUACUUUUUACCAUGCCUGCGAUACAAAAGACGUGACCCACUACUACUGUAUGAUGAAGUAUGAUGUUCUGAGUUACUGCGACUUCCUCGGCUCCAUCAUGUCCUUCUGGGUGACGAUCCUGGCCAUGGCCCGCCUUUCCUCACCGGUCCGCUCGUUUUUCCACAUGCUGGGUGCCUUGUGCCUUGCCUUAGGCGUGGAGUAUGACCGACACGGCCUCUGGGUGUUUGUUGUACCAGCAGCCUUCGGCAUUAUCAUUAUGUCUAUAUCAUGGGUGCGACAGUGCUGUAUACGGAAAAACUGCUAUCCAUCCAAGUGGCGCUAUGUGAAAUUCCUGUUGCCAGGAGUUCUGUUUGCUGGAACAGGGCUCGUAAUUUUCGCCUUUUUAGAAACAGAGGAGAAUUACAAAUAUACCCAUAGUGCCUGGCAUGUCGUCAUGGCGCUGUGUAUUGUGUUCCUGUUGCCAAGUCGACAAAAGUCUAAAGGGGCCAAACCUUACAUGCAACUGCAGACCCGGGGGGAGGACACCGUCCCACUGAUGGACGAUUAUGACGAUGAAAAUGAUGAUGACGAUCCAUAUAGGGGAUUGAAUGACCCCAGCUCUGUUCAAACUUCUCGUAAUGUUGUUUUGUAGAUGUUUAUUUGAAUGCUUUUUGUUGAUCUCAUGUUUGUUAAAGUUACGUUCAUGGGUUCUUGCUUUCCAGGAAACCAUAAUUACGAAAAAAUCCCAUUAAUUUCUAGAUUUAAAGAGUUAUUAUAUGUCACUGAAAAGUUGUUCCAAAACGAAAUUCCAAGGAUUAUUGAAUACUGAUGCAGGAACAGCACUAUUUUGUAGGUUAAAAUUUCGAUAUUGUGUAUACAAUAAUUUGUUAUAUAUAAAAAAAUUCUGAAGGAAGAUGUCAAAAUUGAAAUGUUUAAAAUCUUGAAAAAUAUGACUUGAGUCAUAAAUCUGUUGAUGUGGACAGUAACUGUUGGGAUAAUUUGAUCACCUGUUAGUCUGGAAAAUUUACCUGUAGCAUAACCGGAAUAGAAAGAUUGUUUUAUUCCAUUAUUUCUCCCAUAAAUGCUAUACCAGGUAACAGGUUUCUUCACUGCUGAGCCAUGUGAGCCUUCUAAGGUGUUGUGUAAACGUAUUGUGUUAUCAACAUUGAAGCAAUUGUAAACGUACUAGUAUAUUUUUUCAUUGGUUAUCUCAUUCACCCCUACAUAUCUAAACUGGACUUGCCCAGUCUUUGAUUAGGCAAGGUUCAAAUGUGACUUUAGGGGUGAAUGGGUUAAUACUUUUUAUCAUAAUAUUACAUGACACAUUUUUCCUACAUCCUCAACGGUUGGAUCAUAAUUAUGUUGAGGUCGUUGAUUUGUGAUAUUGACUUGGUGUUACUAUUUUUAGAAAAAGAAGGUCAAUAUUCACUUUAGGACUUCAUUUCAAUUGUGACGUCACACUGCUCUCUACCAACUGCAGUAUUUUCCACCCGACAAUUUUCAUAUGUUAUAUCCUUUUUAAUGAUUUUUUCAACCUUAUUUAGCAUCUAAUAUAACAAUUAAGACUUUUAACUUGGUGAAUAGGUGGUUAUAUGGACCUGAGAAAGUGAUAUUGAUCUCAACUUAACCCCAACAAAAGUCCAUAACUGAUGAAUAUCAUAUAAAGUAACAAUAUUGUGUACAUGAUACAAAUUGUGACAUCAUGUUUCACAGUGAUCAGAUUGAAAUCGUACAUUUAUGCAUGAAAAGAUGGUUUCGCUUAUAGAUAUGCAUGGUGUUUGUGGGAGGAUAUAGGUUUCACAACUUUGGUUACGACCUUUGGUUAUUGAUCUCCUAUAGGAUAAUUUGGAGAUAAUUUGGAGCAAAAGAAGUGGUAAAAAUUCUGUCAGAUAGAAUUUGAACAGUGAGUCGGGAAAAGUCAAACAAGAUCACCAACCAUUAAUCCCUGGGUAACCUCUAUACAGUAAAACUUUGAUAUAAUGCCCCUCGUUAGAUUUGUACUUCGAUUAUGCCAACUUUUUUUUAAUGUCCUUUUUUCUGGUUUUCAUCAGAAUUCCUUUACACAUUUCCCUCAAUUUAUCUCCAAACCCCUUUAUAGCGCCAAAAUUUCUCUGGACAAAUGGUGGCAGUAUAACAAGGUUAUACUGUAUAUUGAUCUUGUAUUGUUUUGGGUGUGACUGAAAACAUCAUUAACCCUUUCACCACUGUAAAGACCAUAAUGAAUACAUCCAGACCAAUGCAUGGUAGAGUCUACUAAAGUUACAUAGGAAUGAAAAGGUCGUGUAACAGGCUGUUUUCAAGAGGAACAUCAUUCUAGAUGUACUGAAUGAUUUGAUCUGUAAUGUUUUUGAGGUCAGUGGUGAGAGUUGGGCCAAUCACUGACAUAACAACAGAAUGCUUGCUGAAAUCCUUACUUAGUUUUGCCUCAUGAUUUAAGUAGCAAAACAUUCAUUGUUUUCAUUGAAGCUCAUAAAUUUCAUGAAGAUUUUGAAGAUUUUUUCGCUUUUUUGUUAUCCAGUCUUGAAUUCAUUUUGGUGAUAUUUUUGUAAGUCCCUCUUUCAAACUUCAUUGAUAUUGAUAUAGUUUAUAUGAAUAUAUGUUUAAAAGUGGAAGUUUUCACUAGGAGUGUUAUUUGGUAUAAGAAAUAUCUCACUGAUCAAUAAAUUCUGUAAUAAAUACCACAAAAGUAGCAAAAACACUUGAUGUUCAACAUGAUCAACAAUAGUGUUGUAAAACUUGAUACAUUGUAUUUUAUUUUGGCUUGACUCUCAAAAAUCACAACAUUUCUAAGUCGGUAUCCUGAACAUUUUGACGUUUUAAGGACAAAAAUAUUAGAAGUGUUCCUUUCAAUUCAUUUUUGAUUAUGAUAUUUUAUUGAGUUUGAUUUUUUUGUAUAUUUAUGAGAAAACACCUACUGCAAUAUACUUUAGACAUAUAAUACAUUACCUGCAAUAUAAAAAGCAUUUUUUUUGCAAUAUAUAGUUUAUAACAAGAGUAAAAUUGUAGAAAAAGUCAUCUUUUAUAUCAUUACAUGGUUAAGAUUUUUUUAUGAUAAAAGCAAAAUUUUAUUUACAAAAAGGCAAAAAAAAAAAUGAAAUCAUAUAUAGUUUUAACAUCAUUGUGCCUGUAUACAAUACUUAUGAACUUACUUAUAAUAAACAAAUUACAAAAAUCCUAAGAAUCCCAAGCGGUUUGUCUUUCAUUUUCAGAGAUCGA